AUGGCGUUGACAGAAGCAGCUAAAGAAGGUAUCUGGUUAAAGGGACUGGUUAGUGAUCUGGGUACAAUGGAGGAAUCGGCUCAUGAGAAAGAAGACCCCGCAAACCCAAGCGGAUCGACAAACAAACUUAUGAUGGAUGCUAUGAUGACUCAAAUGAUGUCUCUCAUGCGGCGGGAGUUUGAAAGUAUGAGAUCUGACAUGGAGAAGAUGGUUUCGGACAAACCAAGAAAGAGCAGUGACCAUUCGGCUUCGGAGCAAUACUACAGCAACUCCUCUAGAGCUCGUUCAUCAAGAAGAAGAGUAAGCGAUAGAGAAGAAAGAAAGCAAAGGUCUAGCGUUCCUAUGGGCAGCCUCAAGCUCACGAUUCCUGAAUUCAGAGGCACAGCUGAUCCGGAAGAGUAUUUGGAGUGGGAAAAGAAGAUUGAACUUGUUUUUAACUGCCGAGACUACACCACCGAGCACAAGAUAAAGCUGGCCCCAACAGAGUUUAAAGACUAUGCCCUAAGUUGGUGGGAUAACCUAGUUACAACCAAAAGAAGAAUCGGAGAAGAUCCCAUCGAAUCAUGGAACCAAUUGAAGGCGAUCAUGAGACGAAGAUUUGUACCAAGUCAUUACCACAGAGAACUGCAUUUCAAACUCAGAAGUUUAACCCAAGGAAGCCGAUCUGUAGAAGAAUACUACAAGGAGAUGGAAACUCUCAUGAUGAGAGCUGAUAUUCGUGAAGACAUGGAAGCAACGAUGGCUAGAUUCAUGGGGGGAUUAAUUAGAGAAAUUCUUGAUCGAUUAGAGGUGCAUCACUACGUGGAACUAGAGGAACUGUUGCACAAGGCUAUUAUGUUAGAGAAACAGCUCAAGAGAAGAAACUAUAAACCUAGCUACGGAUCCAACAAGCCAAGUUUUCAGAAGGAUGAGAAAACGAGUUUCCAAAAAGAGUUUAAGCCAUUCUUCAAGUCUAAGGGUGAAGAACAGGGCGUCAAAGGAAAAGAAGUGGUGACUACCUCCAAGAAUAGAGAUAUUCAGUGUUACAAGUGCAAGGAGUAUGGUCACUAUGCGAGUAGCUGUUCCAACAAGAAGAUAAUGAUCAUUAAAGAGAAUGGAGAAGUGGAAACUGAAGAAGAACAGUCUGAAGAUGAGGAACAAAUAGAGAUGCCUGCUCGAGGAGAACUAUUGGUAACUAGAAGGACUCUGAAUGUUCAAACCAAGACCGAGGGAAACGAGCAAAGGGAAAAUUUAUUUCACAACCGAUGUAUGGUGCAAGGAAAAGUAUGCAGCUUAGUAAUAGAUGGUGGAAGCUGUACUAACGUGGCUAGUGAGUCUAUGGUGGAAAAAUUAGGUUUGAAACUAAUGAAGAGGCCGAAACCUUACAAGCUACAAUCGCUGAAUGAGGCUGGAGAAAUGGAGGUCAAAAAUCAAGUUAUGGUGCCAAUAUCGAUAGGCAAAUACCAGGAUGAGAUUCUGUGUGAUGUAUUGCCUAUGGAUGCGGGGCAUAUCUUACUUGGAAGACCAUGGCAAUCAGAUAGAAGGGAAUUCAAAGACGUAUUUCCAGAGGAGAAUCUGCAGGGCUUACCACCAAUAAGAGGCAUUGAGCAUCAGAUUGACUUUAUACCCGGAGCCUCACUUCCGAACAAACCAGCCUAUAGGACUAAUCCUUUGGAGACCAAAGAGCUUCAAAAGCAAGUCACCGAGCUCAUGAACAAAGGACACAUUCGUAAGAGCAUGAGUCCAUGCGCAGUACCUGUUUUACUUGUUCCAAAGAAAGAUGGCAGCUGGAGAAUGUGUUUUGUUGUGAGUGCAGAUGGAAUCAAGGUUGAUGAGGACAAGAUCAAAGUUAUUAAAGACUGGCCGAGUCCAAAGUCUGUUAGUGAAGUAAGAAGCUUUCAUGGACUUGCGGGUUUCUAUAGAAGAUUUGUCAAGGACUUUAGCACUCUAGCGGCUCCCCUCACUGAGGUUAUCAAGAAAAACGUGGGAUUCAAAUGGGAACAAGAUCAAGAAGAGGCAUUUCAAACUUUGAAGGAUAAGCUUACUCAUUCCCCGGUGCUUUCUCUCCCUGACUUUACUAAAACUUUUGAGAUAGAAUGCGAUGCCUCAGGUAUUGGUAUUGGUGCUGUUCUUAUGCAGGAAAAGAGGCCUAUUGCAUUCUUCAGUGAGAAACUUGGAGGAGCUACACUGAAUUACCCUUCAUAUGACAAGGAGCUGUAUGUGCUUGUGAGAGCUCUCCAAACAUGGCAACACUAUCUCUGGCCUAAAGAAUUCGUCAUUCACACUGACCAUGAGUCCCUCAAGUAUCUAAAAGGCCAACAGAAGCUGAACAAAAGACAUGCUAAGUGGAUCGAGUUCAUCGAGACUUUCCCAUAUGUCAUCAAGUACAAGAAAGGUAAAGAUAAUGUGGUAGCCGAUGCAUUGUCUCGCAGAGCUGAUGAUUUCCUGUUCUUUGAAAACCGUCUAUGUGUGCCUAACUCUUCUGUUCGAGAUCUUUUUGUCAAAGAAGCUCACGCAGGUGGACUAAUGGGUCACUUUGGCGUUGCCAAAACUCUAAGUACAGUCCAAGAACACUUUUAUUGGCCACAUAUGAAGAAAGGCAUCGAGAGGGCAUGUGAACGAUGUGUUACUUGCAAGCAAGCUAAGGCUAAGAAACAACCCUACGGUUUGUAUACUCCUUUGCCUAUUCCUUUGCAUCCAUGGCACGAUAUUUCUAUGGACUUUGUAGUUGGAUUGCCUAGGACCAAGACAGGUAAGGAUUCUAUCUUUGUGGUUGUAGAUAGGUUCUCUAAAAUGGCUCAUUUUAUUCCAUGUAAUAAGACCGAUGAUGCCAUGAAUGUUGCUAACUUGUUCUUUAGAGAUAUCGUACGAUUGCAUGCCAUGCCUAGAACUAUAGUUUCUGAUAGAGAUACUAAGUUCCUUAGUUUCUUUUGGAAAACUCUCUGGUCUAAGCUAGGAACUAAACUGCUUUUCUCUACCACAUGUCAUCCGCAAUCUGACGGUCAAACUGAAAUAGUUAAUAGAACUUUGUCCACCUUGUUGCGUGCAUUGAUUAAAAAGAAUCUUAAAACUUGGGAAGAAUGCUUAUCACAUGUAGAAUUCGCCUAUAAUCAUGCUAAGCAUUCUGCAUCUCAGUUCUCACCAUUUGAAAUCGUUUACGGAUUCAAUCCUACUUCACCUUUGGAUCUAAUGCCUUUACCUUUGAACAUGGUGUGGAUUUACUUAAGGAAAGACAGAUUUCCCAAUGAAAGAAAGUCUAAGCUUAUGCCGCGAAUCGAUGGACCUUUCAAGAUUGUCAAGAAGAUCAAUAACAAUGCCUAUCAGCUGGACUUUCAAGAAGAAACAGAUUUGAGGACAAAUCCUUUUCAAGUGGGAGAGGAUGAUAUGAUCAAGACCAGCUUAGGAACUGAGAAGAUUGAAGGAGAACAAGGAGAGCCUGAACCAGAAUCGAAUGAAGACCAAGAGCAGCUGAAACCCGAGGAAGCAAGUAUAGACGAAGACAAAGACUUGCAUAUUCCGAUUGGUCCAAUGAUGAGAUCAAGAGCAAUGAAGUUCAAGCAAGCUUUUCACAAGCUACUACACACCAUUCAGGGCAAUCUUAAGUGUGCUAAUCCAACUACAUUAGUUGUGAUACAAGCCACUUAA